UUCUCUAUUUUUGACUAUGAUCCAGGGUCUAGGUUGGCAUGUUCCUGAAUAAGUGAAUUACGCGCAUCAUGUUCAUACAUGAAUCAUUUAAUAAGUGAUAGAUUACAUGAUACAAUGUGGAUACUUUCUUCCUCCAUUAAUCAUAGCCAUAGCCAUGCGAUAUUCAUCUGCAUCAAGAAACACUAACCCCAUGAGCCAUAGGUUGCUUACCCUAACAAGUCUGCAUAGCAGAAAAGGUAGAAAAACUCUAACUGGACGGUGCUGGUGACAGAUGAGAAAUUCAACUAACAAUGCACAAUCAAGGACCUGAACUAGUGCACCUAUCACCACCACCCUCCGUACCUGCCUUCUUACGUAACAACCCUAUAAAGAAACAUAUUUUCUCAUCUGCCUCCAACAGUUCUGUUUUAUAUUCCAACCUUGUCUACAAUCACAACUUUCAAUACUUUUAGUGCACUCAAACUUUCAGGUUAUCAUCAAUGGUCAAACCCAAGAGGCUACUCAGCCUCCUGCUAAGGCUUAUUGCCUUCGGUGCUACACUUGCAGCAGUAAUUAUCAUGGCUACAAGCCAUGAGAAAGGUUCAUUCUUUGCACUAUCAUAUGAAGCAAAAUACUCUGACACACCAGCCUUCAAGUAUUUUGUGAUAGCAAAUGCAAUUGUUACUGUCUAUGGUUUUCUUGCUCUGUUUAUCCCUUCAGAGAGUCCGCUACGGAGAUUAGUUCUGGCCUUGGAUUUGGUGUUUACCAUGCUGCUCAUUUCAAGCAUUUCGGCGGCCUUGGCGGUUGCUCAGGUAGGCAAGAAAGGGAAUUCUAGUGCAGGUUGGCUACCUGUCUGUGGCCAAGUCGCCAAGUACUGCAACCAAGUAACAGGAGCAUUAGUUGCUGGUUUCAUUGCAAUCAUAACUUACAUAAUUCUGCUGCUCUACACUAUUUACACUUUCCUAAAUUCUCUUCUUGGAAAAACGCCUUGUAGGCUAUCAAGUCCUGGGAUUUAGUUCCUGAAAUCAUAGCCAGUCCUUUGCAUUUUCAUUCAAUGGUUUGCAGGAUGCCCGUUUAAAAAUUUUGGCCUUAGUAGAUGCUUUUUCAGAAUUGUAUUGAUCAAAAUGCUUUCCUCGUCCUUUAAGGGAAGCUAUAUCACAAAUAAAAUGCCUAACAAUGGCCAUUUGCAAAGAUUCAAUGAGACGUUUGUGCUAUCUAGUGGUAUCAGAAGAAGGGAAGACAAUAUUCUAGCUGAUCUUACAUCUUACAGAACUUUCUUGCUGAUCAAUGUCAUGGCUACUGAAAUGCCAUUUAUAA